AUGGGUUUAUGUGGUGCAAUUAGCUAUAUUAUUGGUAAUAUUGUUGGUGCUGGUCUUUUCAUUACACCUACAUCGGUGCUACAGCAAGUUGAUUCGGUGGGCUUAUCACUGAUUAUUUGGUCUGUUGCCGCAUUGAUAUCAUUGCUUGGAGCAUUUUGUUAUGUGGAAUUAGGUACAAGCAUACGUAGAUCAGGAGCUGAUUUCGCUUAUCUUUGCUAUGUGAAGUGGUAUCCGAUAGCAUUUGCAUUCAUGUGUGUUGGUUGUUUUGUCAUUUUUCCAGCAACACUUGCAAUUCAAGCUGAGACAUUUAGUGAAUAUUUGAUCAAAUGUUUCCGUUUACAAAUAUUCGAAGAUACCAAAAAAUUUUACUUAAAAAAACUUAUUGGUUUUUCAUUACUGUGGCUUUUGAUGAUGCUCAAUUUUUUCUCUUUGAAAAUAUUUGUAUCACGUUUUCAAAUUGUUGCAUCAUUUGCAAAAAUAAUUACAACAGCUAUUGUAAUUUGCACUGGGUUUUACUUUAUCAUUUUUAAAGGUGAAACUCAAAACUUGCAAAAUAUAAUGGAUGGAACGCAAGUUAGGCUUGGUCAUAUAAUAGCAGCUUUGUUUGCUGGUUUAUUUUCCUACGAUGGUUGGGAUGUUUUGAAUUUUGGCACCGAAGAAAUUGAAAAACCGAAAAGAACAAUGCCUUUGGCGAUUAUAGUUGGAAUGUCAUUAGUAGCAUUCAUUUUCCUUGCAACAAAUAUUUCGUUUUUCGCGAUGCUUGAUAUAGAUCAAAUGAAAUCAUCUGUUGCUGUGGCUGAUACAUUUGCGGCAGCAAAACUAGACAAAUUCUAUUCUGUAAUACCCUUUCUGAUAUGCAUUUUAUUGAUCGGCUCCAUGAAUACUUCACUUUUUUGCGCUAGCAGAUAUUUGUAUGUUGCUGCACGACAAGGUCAUUUACCUACUUUCCUAAGUUGUUCCAAUACAGAACAUAACAGUCCUCGAGUGGCUAUAUUUAUUUCUGUUACACUUUCCUUUCUACUUUCAUUUACUGGUAAUCUGUCGCAGCUCAUUAAUUGCGUAUCAUUCUGCCAAUGGCUUCAGCGUAUUUUCACAAUGCUAGCUCUACUAUGGAUUCGUUUCCACCAUAAAUCAAUUCAUCGGGAUGCUAUUCAGAAUCCAAUUAUUAUGCCUAUCAUCUUCAUGAUUAUUUGUGCAACCUUGGUGACGACAACAGUAAUUACUGAUACCCAUAUCUGCAGUAUUGGUGGGUCAGUUGCACUAGGUGGCCUUGUCUUCUACUUCUUGUUUUUCUACACUCACUUACCAUCAGCUGUUGAAGGAUUCAAGACGUUUGGUUGCAAUGCAAAUAAUAAGAUCACUAUUUACACACAAAUAGUGUUCAAUGUAAUGCCUCCUGAAUUUAGUGAAGAAAUUACCAGAACUUGCCAAGUAAAUUUAUCGCCUACUCCCGAAGCGAGUGGUAAUACUGACUCCAUUACUAAUUUUGAGGGCGGAAACAACGCAGUCCAAGUUUUCUGA